GCUAACCAGUGCCCUGAACCGACAGAGCUCAGAGCUUCAGCAGGAUCUAAACCACACAGAGGGACUUUUGGUGGUAUGCUCUUGGACCUAAAAUAGCUGAACAAAGGACCUGGACUCCCUUUUUGGUCUGUUUUUCAAAUCUCUACUGUAUGGGAAACAGGAGGCUUUAGAAGAUGUUUUUGACAGCCCACCAUACACUUUUCCUCACCUUGAGCUCUCUACUGUCCCUGUCCGGUGCUUUGGGGACAUACCACUACAAUCUUUUCAAGUCUCAACCAAAUCCCCAGCAUCAUGCUGCAAAACCCAUGGGUCGACACAAAAACCACUGUGCUUAUGUUGUGGAGAAGAGUGUCUCAUUCACCGUACAGGAUGGAGUAGCACCCUACGUCAAGGCAGAAUACAACAAAUGUUCCUGGGGUCAAAAGUGUCCUACACUGAUGUAUCGCUUGUUCCAUAAACCCUUGUACAAGGUUGCCUACAAGACAGUGACAGAGCUGGAAUGGCGCUGUUGUCCAGGAUUUUCUGGUUUUGGGUGUAAAAUUGGACCCAUGCAUAAAGGUCCUAUGCCUAUGCAUAAAGGCCCUAUGCCUAUGCAUAAAGGCCCUAUGCCAAUGUACAAAGGCCCUAUGCCAAUGCAAAAGGGACCCAUGCCUCCAUUCAAAGGCCCAAUGCCACCAUUUAAGGGACCGAUGCCUUCCUUUAAGGGACCAAUGCCUCCUUUCAAAGGACCAAUGCCCCCAUUCAAAGGAGGUCACUGGGGGCAGAACCCAAUGAACACUAGACCUAAUAAUAAUUUUGGUCAAAAUGGCGGUUCUUACCCAAAUCCUUCCUACUCGUCCAUCUCAAAUCCUCAAGAUCCCUUAAAUGGUCAUCCUGAUGGCAUCCCAGACCAUCACGAUUCAUCACCAGAACACCAUGAUCCCACUCUGGAUCAUCAAGACCCAAUGCUGGAUCACCAUGAGCCCUCACUGGAUCACCAUGAUCCUUCAUUGGACCAUCAUGAUCCAUCUACGGACCAUCUCAAUCCAAAUCCAGACCAUGAUGCUGACCCUGAACCUCAUCCCAUUAGAGUGAAUGUUGAGGCAGAGCUGAUUCCUGAAGAGCAAGCACCUUCUGCAGACAUUCAUCCAAACUAUGAUCAGGACCUUGAUGGUGUGAAUGUCGAGAGACUUGACAGGAUGGAAGAUGACGUGCAGCGCCUGUCUCGUGGCCUGGAGACGCUACGAGGCACAGUGACUGGUCUGGAGGACAGCCUCCGCGCAUCGCUGCGUGAAGAUGCAAACAGGAUGCUCUCUGCCCUCCUCUCUGCAGCUCCGGCCGCAGGGCCACACACAGCCGGGGCCUCUAGCGCCUCCACGGUGGGAUUUGGAGACCUUCCUGGGGUGGCCCCUGAGGUUGUGGGCCUGGAUGGCCUGCAGUUCCCAGGUCUGAGCGAGCUGGUUGGUAAGGUAGCCGAUCUCCGCAGCGAGCUCCAAGCCAAGGCAAACGAGCUAGAUGAGCUCCGGGGGACUGUGCUGGGGCACGAUGGCACCCUGAAGAUGCUGACCAACUCAACGAACUCCCUCACAGGGAGCCCUCUUGCACCCGAUGCUCAAAGAGCCAUGGAGAACAUAGUGGACACCAAGCUGAGCGGUGCCCGCACAGCCAUCCUGGGUGGCUUUGAAAGACGUGUGGAGACUGCAGAGUAUCGGUGCGAGGAGAGAGCCGGGGAGGUCCGGCGACAGUGCCAGAAGGACCAGAUGGAUGGGCAGAGUCAGAUGGAGGACAAUCUGGGCGGAAGCAUGGCUGACCUGAGGAAGCAACUGGCAGACCUCCAGGCCCAGAUCCAGUCUCUCUCUCCAGAGGAUGGCUGCUGCCAUGGGGUUUCUGGCUUAACUGAGAGGGUGGUUCUCCUGGAGCAGUCAAUGGAUGGGCUGAACCAGUCACAGAAACAUCUCAAGGCUGAGCUGGGAGGGCACAAGGACCAUGUGGAAGGCAUGUUGGAAGGUCGUCUGGGUUACGUAGAAGCAAAACUAAACAUCACUCUGGACCUGCUGCAAGGAGCAGGACCAAGAGGAGAGCCUCAGAGGAGCUUAGACUCCAGACUAGAGGAGAAGCUCAAGGCCUUGGAGGAGCGUCUCUUUGCAGCAGUGGAGGAGCUGGGUAAUGCAACGGCUCCUGCUCUUCUGGAAGGACAGGGGGUGCCGACCCUGGAGACUGAGGUCGAGUCGCUUCGAAAAAGGGUAGCAGUAGAUGUAGACCGGGUGCAGAGGCAGCUGUCCAAUUUGGAGCUCCUGUGCUCUUCAAACUGUGCCCCGGUGCCUGCACUCGAGGGAACCACUAAUAUACAGGUUACUAAAGAGGACAGCAGUCAAGCGGACAACCACACAAAGAUGCUGGACCUGCAGGCUGAAAGGCUAAACCGUCUCAAUGCAACCCUGGCACUUCUCCUUCACAAAAUAACCGAGAGAGAGGAGGCACAGGCUGAAGGCCUUCACGGGGAGGUAACGCUGCUCAAGGUGAGUGUGCGUUCAGUGAACCACACCCUGCUCGGCUUGAGGGACUCCCUAGGCGCAGUGGUGCAGGAGGUCAGCCGGGCGAACACCACUUGGCAGGGUCGUGAGGAGCGACUGGCCCAGCAGGUGAAGGGUGUGGUGCAACUGGUGGGUAAGCAGGCCUCGAUGCUGAGCAGUGGAGAGAAGAGGCUUGCCCGUCUGAAGGGCGAACUACAGGAGCUGAGGCGCCGGCUGGCUGGUGAGCUCCAGGGUUGCCGCUCGGCCGCUCUGGGCGUCCAGAAGGAGGUGAGCGAGGUGGGUGGCAGGGUGGCUCGCGUAGAGGGCCAGUGCGGCGGCUUGACACACCUUGCUGACGACCUGGAGAGAAUCCGCGGAGAGCUUGAGGGACACUCGGAUGGGUACCUGGCCCAGUUCAACAGCACUCUGACCAGUCACUCGCUGCAGCUGUUAGAGCUGAAAGAGGGACUGAAAAACUGCACAGGAAAUACUGGGCUGGCUCAGGCACUAGUGUCCUUCACAUAGAGCCAACCCACAAGACAUCUGAGGAGCGUAUAGAGGUACCAGCUGAGCCAAGAGGAGACCAGUUUGCAGCGCCGAUUCACCCCAAAAAACUACAUUAGAUAUAAGGCACCGGUUUCAGAAAAGUCUUACUAGUAAGCCACAGUAACUGCACAAAAUAAGAAUAGGAUGAAAUGAUGGGUUUCAAAACCAGUGAAUCCAACACCAGCAUAGACAAACUUGAGUAUGUCAAUGAGAGACUGAUAUGGGAAUGGUUGUAUGGGGUAGGGAUGGGUCAGAAAUGUGAUGUCAUGUGUCUGUAUAGAGCUUAAGCCUAAAAACUCUGUCUCAUUCUUUCUGAACUCCUAUGGUUGAUUGUUGUUUUAUUUUGUUCAAUUUUUAUACUGAUUUUUACUGAUCAUAAUUAUGACAUUGGUGUUGGGGAACAUGUGUGUAUUUUGCUAUUAUGCAUGUCAUUUAAUGUCUUUUUUGCUGUUGUUUCAAUAUUGUGUUUACUUUGUAAUUACAUGUUUAUAAUAAAACCACAAAAUGAACUGA